AUGCAGUUACUUAAUACGUCAGUUACCGAAGAUGAGAAUAAUAGUGUUAAACGACGAAAGAUUCAAGAAGAUUGUUAUGCUAAGACGGUUAAUAUAGGAGAAAAGGCAUAUAGACCAUCGAUUGGAGCCAUUCCUUCUGUCUUUGCGGAAAAUCAAAGAAUAAACUCCACAAUAUUUAUGGGAAGACCCAUUAAUCAAACCGGUCCUCCUAUUGAUCUCUUCCACAAUGACUUUAGCCAAUUUAUUAAAGAUUUUACAAAUCAAAAUUUGCAAAUCCAACAUAAUGUGUUUUCAAUCGCUCAGAAACUGAUGGCCACUGCUAUGAAAAUGGAGCUGGCAAGUAUCUUUGAAGAACCCUUAUUACCUAUGACAUACAGGUACGGCAGCGAUAACAAUAAAAAAUCUAGCGACGGCGUCUUGGUAACUGCUAACGGUUCAAAUUUGCUAUCG